CGUAGCGCCGUGACAUACCCCGACACACAGAAUGAGCUGAUCAAGAUCGAUUUUCCCGGCGUCUCGCCUCGCCGGAGUCGUGGCGUUGGACUGAAAACUAUAGCUCAUCUGCACGAGCCCGACUAGGUCGCACGCGUGGUCGACGCUCAUGCGCCGAACGUCGUUGAUCGGCUGGAUCGAGCCGCCGUGGCGUGCGCCCCGGACGACGGCGGCGAUAGCGCGAACUAGUCCUGAAAACGAAUGGCAGGCGUACGCGCGGGCUCAGCACCGACAGCUUGGAACGUGUCUGAGCGUAAUUGUGAUAAAGAAAUUCAGCCGCACGGCUUUGUUGGUUUCGUGUGCCGCGCAGCAUCUCCUUGUCAUUGAGGGUGUUGCGUUGGCUCUCGAGGACAGCGUCGAAUGGGAUAUUCUUGGAUGUCUGAUUGCGGGAUAUGAGAUAUCAUAUCUCUCCGUGGUGACUAGGUUCAUAUCGAAGUUGGUUGGCUUAUACAAUGAGGUCUAUUAUUCAAGACAAAGUAGGCUCCUCGAAAACUCAUUUGACCAAAAACUUCUUUUGGCAAGAUAUGAAUGUUGUCAAGAGGGUCGUUUCAGGGGCCUAGUCAUUUAUGAAUAGCACAAGCGUUCUGCGUAAAUAAAACUAAUGAGUCCUGAGCUUUGUAUGUCCAUCGUCUCUUAUCAAUGCAUGUUUGUCUUUACCUGAUCUCUCGGCGACCGUAGUUGAGCUCUGUCACUUCUCUAGGUUCUCUCUAUAGUUCUCUCCCUC